UCAUCUACUCGAAUCGAGCAGCCUCUACAUCCUUCUAUCCGACCUCGGCGCAGAGCGUCGAUUCCAUUGAAGCCUCUAUCUUGAGUCCGGGCCCUCACAAGGCCGCUUAUAUCAUCUGAUCAAGAAAAUCGACACCGGACAUCGAUGGCAAUACAACACCCCGCCACGACGGGCGUGCCGAAAUCCAUCACCUUGAUCGUGGGGCUCAAAAUCGCCGUAAUGGUCCCAGUUCUCCACCAGGCCCUUAGCGACAGGCUCGAAAUUGUUUCGCAGGAGCCACCUGUUACCUGUCGGAUAUGGCUCAAGAGAUCUCUACAGGAUCUGGAUGACGAGGGGUACAUCAAGCUCACCCAUUCAGUCGACGGGGUUGCUCAGGAGGCGGAUGACGCGGCCGUUGAUAAUAGAGCCAGGGGUAUUAGGUCUGUGGGUACGAGCUACCUGAGUAAGGCUUAGCUUGAUACUGGGCUCCUCUGAAUCUCUUUGCGUGUGUAUGUGUAUAUACUUGUAUAAAGCCGCAUUGAACGUGACUUAUAUCCUGGGGCA